GAAAAUAGGUAGCCUCUACGAGGAAGUAUCGGUGGCGUAUUUAAAGUUCGAUGGUCGUUCGAUCGUCCCGUAGUCUGUUUGUCACUAACGUGUUUGUGGUGUCAAACUAAAGCCCCUGUGCUGCAGAUGAAGAUGAAGAUGAAGAUCCCAAUGCUGCUGCUUAUGGCCGUCUGGUUAAAUGCUCAGUCCGGUGGUUGUGCUCUCUCCUCUUCAUGUCCCCAUCCUCCAUCACAGUGGUGCUCAUCUCUGGACUCAGCCAUCCAGUGCGGGGUUUUGAAGCAGUGCCUUGAGUCUAACGUCACCAGGUCCCGUCACACAUCAGAUCAGGUGGAGGUGGGGCUUUACUAUGAGAGUCUGUGUCCCGGCUGCAGAAUGUUUCUCACUGAGAUGCUCUUUCCCACCUGGCUCAUGCUGAAUGAGAUCAUGUCAGUCACUCUGGUGCCCUACGGCAAUGCACAGGAAAAACCUGAUGGACAGAAGUAUGUUUUUGAAUGCCAGCAUGGAGAACCGGAAUGUCUAGGAAACAUGAUUGAGACUUGUAUCAUGAACAUGACAGACGCUGCUUUCCCGAUUAUCUUCUGCAUGGAAUCCUCCGCUGAUGUCCUCCAAUCAGCCAAGAGCUGCGUUGAACUCUACAGCCCCAAGCUGAGCUGGGACAGCGUCAUGAGCUGUGUGAAAGGUGAUGUGGGAAACCAGCUGAUGCAUCAGAACGCCUUGCAGACCAGCGCUCUGACGCCUCCCCACCAAUAUGUUCCCUGGGUGACCAUAAAUGGGGAGCACACAGAAGACCUGCAGGACAAGGCCAUGAACUCUCUCUUCACUCUGGUCUGCAGCAUGUACAAGGGCCCCAAGAUUCCAGCCUGUGGGGAGGGCAAGAUACACUACAGAAGUUACUGCCACAACGAGUGAAGGAGCAGCACUGCACAUGCUUGCUCUGUUCCAGGUGUGCCCCUAAAUAAGGAACACUGAGGAGUGACAUCAUAUAUUUUUUUUAAUCUGGGAUUUUACUAUCUGUUUCUUUAAAGGGAAAAUUAUUACAAAUAGAAUUUACUUAAAAUGUGUCGUCAUUGAAAUGUUAUCUACUGAAACUAUAAACACUUUUUGUUCCAAUUGACUCAAUUAAAGCAUUGUAGUGGUUGCAGUGUCCUUUGAAAGGUCUGGUCAAAUAUACUGCUCUCACUGCCCAUUAGAUGGCGCCAUAUUUCAUAAACUCAUCUUUAGUUUCCUGUUACCAAAGGUAAUGGGAAAAAAAAGGUGCAUUAAACUGUUGUAAAAUUAUUAAAUUUUCAAUAACAUGUAUUUCAUAAAAUAAACAGCAAACUAUACCAAACCAUAUGUUCUACACAAUGUACAGGUUAAUAAGCAAACCACAGAUCAUAAGUAAAGGCACUAAACACAAA